CUAAUAACAUGUAAAAUAAAACAGAAAACUAUGAUUUACUUUAUAAGCUAGUUUUAAUUGGUACUAGUAUUUUCUAUUGAAAGGGGAUUCUGGUGUUGGAAAAACCAAUAUUCUCAAUUAAUUUACAAGAAGUGAAUUCUUACAAGAUUCUAAAACAACAAUAGGAGUAAAUUAUUGAGUUUAUUAUUUAAAAUAGGUUGAGUUUGCUUCUAAAAAUGUUACAAUUGAUGAUAAAACUAUAAAAGCAUAGAUUUGGGAUACAGCUGGCCAAGAGAGAUACAGAGCUAUAACAUCAGCUUAUUAUAGAGGAGCAGUUGGGGCCAUGAUUAUAUAUGAUAUUACCAAAUAAUUGACUUUCGAAAAUGUUGAUAAAUGGAUGAGAGUAUUUGUUUUUACAAUAAAUAAGGAAUUAAAAGAAAAUGCAGAUUCUUCUUUAUAAAUUAUGAUCGUAGGAAAUAAAAUUGAUUAAAGAAAUCUAAGAUAAGUGGCUACUGAUUGUGCUGUUGCUUAUGCUUAACGAUAUGGAGUGGCUUUUAUUGAAACAAGUGCAAAAGAUGGAACUAAUAUAGAAGAGGCCUUUAAAAAUAUUUUACAAUGUAUAAAUUAAAAUCUAAUCUAAAAGAAAUAUAUAAAUCAUCAAAGGUAGUUAAACCAACUCCAUAACCUUCUAAGUUUGUCAUGGCAAAUACAGAUGUGGUUAAAACAGAAAAAUCUUCAAGUUGUUGUUGA